AACGUGGACGUGAACCAGCACUCGGACGGGGGUCCAGGGGGCAAGGCUCUAGGUUCGGACUGCGGCAGCUCUUCCGGCUCCAGCUCUGGUUCAGGCCCCAGCGCGCCCACCUCGUCGUCGGUGUUGGGCUCUGGGCUGGUGGCUCCCGUGUCUCCCUACAUGCCCGGCCAGACAGUGUUCCCUCUACCCCCGGCGGGCAUGACCUACCCAGGCAGCCUGGCUGGGGCCUAUGCUGGCUACCCGCCCCAGUUCUUGCCACACGGCGUGGCGCUCGACCCCACCAAGCCUGGCAGCCUGGUAGGGGCUCAGCUGGCAGCGGCCGCGGCCGGCUCUCCUUGCUGCAGUAAGCCAGCCGGUUCGAGUCCCCUGGCCGGGGCGUCGCCGCCGUCCGUGAUGACAGCCAGUUUGUGCCGGGACCCAUACUGCCUCAGCUACCACUGCGCCAGCCACCUGGCAGGAGCUGCAGCCGCCAGCGCCUCGUGCGCGCAUGAUCCCGCAGCUGCAGCGGCAGCGCUCAAAUCGGGAUACCCCCUGGUGUACCCCACACACCCACUGCACGGUGUGCACUCCUCACUGACCGCUGCCGCCGCUGCGGGCGCCACACCACCCUCCCUGGCUGGCCACCCCCUCUACCCCUAUGGUUUCAUGCUCCCUAACGACCCGCUCCCCCACAUCUGCAACUGGGUGUCAGCUAAUGGGCCGUGCGACAAGCGCUUCGCCACGUCCGAAGAGCUGCUAAGCCACUUGCGGACCCAUACGGCCUUUCCUGGGACAGACAAACUGCUGUCGGGCUACCCCAGUUCUUCGUCUCUCGCCAGCGCCGCAGCAGCAGCCAUGGCUUGUCACAUGCACAUCCCCACGUCGGGCGCACCAGGCAGUCCUGGGACCCUGGCGCUGCGCAGCCCCCACCAUGCACUGGGACUCAGCAGCCGUUACCACCCGUAUUCCAAGAGCCCGCUCCCCACGCCCGGUGCCCCAGUGCCGGUGCCCGCUGCCACCGGACCCUACUACUCCCCCUACGCCCUCUACGGACAGAGACUGACCACUGCCUCAGCGCUGGGUUAUCAGUGAGGGUAGCCCGGAGGAAUUUGGAGGGAGAGAAAGGAGCUGGGGGGAGGGGAGGAGUCGAGGGAGGGGCAGGAGCCAGACCAGGUUCCUGACUCCUGCAGGAGCCGGGCCACGGAAAGAAAAAGAAACCUAAAUCUUACCUAUUCGCCAACAACAGCCAGCGAGAACCCUUCUCCUCCAUCCCUAGCUCCCCCACCCCAAACUUUAUAAAAGUUGAAAAAAAAUCAUUUGACUUUUUAUAGAAAAAGAAGGAAAAAUAAUUGAGAAAGUGUUCAUCUGAGGACUUUGCCGGUGAACAUUGGUAUUUAUUUAUGUUAGCUCCAAGCGGACCCGUGGUUCAAAAGUGCAUUAUUUAGUUUGAGCUCCGUAGGUUAAAAGGAGGAGGGGGAAAAAAUUAAAACUCGAGGGUAAAUAUGUGGAAAACAAACCCUCCCAUCCCUUGUAGAGUAUAAAUAAAAAACAAAACCGCUACAGAACUAGGGUCUUCUCUUUAAUGUUACUUUAAAAUUGCUAUGAUUGUAUUGUGCGUUCUUAUUUAACGUCUGAUUGAAACUCAAAUUUACAUGCAUGUUUGUUACAAAAAAGAAAAAAGACGAAACAAAAUAAGUCACAAUUUGUCAACUCUGAUUUCCAAUCGCAAUUAUUUUUAAGGUGUAUACCAUCGAAAGAGAAUGGGUAUUUUUUUGUAUGUAUUCUGGAAGAAAACAAAAAAAAAGGAAAAUAAUUCUAUUCCAAAACCUCAUUUGCCUUAUUUUGUUCUUCAAAGGAACACAACUAUUUUUAAUUUUUAAGUCCACCCGCUGAGAAGGGGACAAGGUUUACGUCAUGUGCUAAAAUAAUAGACAAUGUAUCGCUUUAAAGAUUAAAAUUCCGUAUAUUUGA